GGGUGAGGGGAUCGGGGAAGUGGCGUGUGGUUGCUAACGCCGAGCUGCACUCAAGGUUUGGGGGUGGGUGCCGUUCGUAUGCUAUUUAGGGCUGCCGGCGGCGAAGAUAGUUUAGCGGGCUAACCUGUAGAUAAGGCCGGGCAUAGGAGUGCGUAGGCGUUGCUGCUUCUCAGAAAGAGGUGCUCCGGUUCCGCUAUUGUUCGGAGGCCUCACGAGCGCUGGACUGGCGUCUGCUUUCUCCCUGUGCCAACCAGCGCCAAAGCUUAGACCCCGGGGGAGGGUCUCGUAUCCCGGGAGAGUUAAGUGUUUAUUGACUUUGUGUGUGUGUGUGUGUGUGUGUGUGUGUAACUUAUUUUAAACCUGGCAGUAUCCGUUUCAUGAUUGGGUGGGAGGGUUGUGGUGAUCUAAAGCCUUAUGUUGUAGUCUGAUGGCGUCUUUGGUAUGAAUCUUAAAGUGCAGUGUGAACCUGUGCAGUGCCCUAUGGGGGUGGUGUGGGCUAUAGCUUUUACCCAUUUAUUGUGUGUGUGAUCUCUUUUGUAUGGUCUCUUUAUUGCAGUGUCUUCUGUGUAGUAGGCUUCAUAGUGGUGUGUUGUUCGCCCAGGUUGAUCGCAUUUGGUUUUAAGAUUUCAUGAAUCCCAGUCUGACAUGUUUGGUAGCUGCAUGAAUUGUGUUAAAUAAAGAUUACUGUUUAUACAUCUGGGCUACUUUUUCUGUAGAGUAUUUCUCUAGUCACAACAGUCUAACCUCACAUUCUAGGCUUAUUACACUGGUGGCAGCGGUGGGAUUUGCUUAGUUUCUGUGAACCCUAUAAAACCUAGAUACUGUUGCAAAAAUGUCAGAUGGAGAGGAUAAUGUUGGUCCUCAAGCUGUUGACCGCGCAAGGGGUGUGGAACCAUCAAGAGCUACUGCGCGGCCAGUGUUUAUGCCAGAGACGUUUACUGGUGUAGGUCGGGAGUGGUCCGAUUGGUCAGAGCAAUUUGAUCUGGCUGCUGAUGUAAAUAAUUGGGAUGAACCCUUAAAACUUAAAUUUAUGUCUCUUCUACUCUCUGGGCGUGCAAGAGAUAUUUAUAGUGGUUUGUCUGGUGAUGCCAAAGGAAACUAUGCGCUGCUAAAAGCUGCUAUGGCUAGAUGUUUCGAGCCCUGUGAUAGUAGUGAUUGGAGUAGGGCUACAUUUACAGCUCGCCGACGUAUGCAUAAUGAGACCGCAAGAGAAUUCGGAAAUGCCCUACGGCGUCUCGCCAUUAAAGCUUACCCCACAGCUGAUAGCUGCACUCGCGAUAUGUUGGCAAGAGAUCAGUUUCUUACACAUUUUGCAACUGGUGACUUCCGUAUCAGCCUGCGUAGAGCAAAACCUGAUACCCUAGAAGAUGCAAUUGAUCUUGCUUCUGAAUUAGAGCUUCUUAGGAAUAUGGAGCAAACCCAUCUGAUGCCUGAUUCAAAAGUAAGGGGGGUGGUGGUGGAGCAUAAACCCAAAAGUGAUGAACAAAUGCAAAUGAUGCUAGGAAUGGUGGAGGAAUUAAGGCAGGAAGUAAAAUCUCUCCGUGUAACAGUGAGUAAUAUGCAACAGUCUAUGGCAAACCCUACUCCCACUCAAUUUUCCAGGGAGCCUGGACGAGAGCCCAGGAACAGUGGUUCACAAGGGUCCGCAGAUCGAGUCAGAGGGGCGGGGGGUGGUUGUUGGGAGUGUGGGUGUACCAGACACAUAAAACGAGACUGCCCAUAUUUGCAGGGAAACUACAGGGGGCAGGCACCGUAGGCCCACUGCCUGCCCCCCGGCGAGUUGGUACAUAUGCGGCCUCUGCAAGCAACCAGGGUGGCUCCGGAUACAUCAGAGCCAAAAUAGGUGCGUCAGACUCCCUUCUCUUGGUAGAUAGUGGGGCAGCAUUAUCAGUCAUACCAAAACAACUUUGGCUUGAGAUCACUGAGGGGGGAACAGAACUAUCUGGACAUCAUGGUGACGUGUCUGCAGCUAAUGGAGGGUUGAUGGGGAUUUUGGGAAAAUGGCAGACAGUCUGCCAGUUUGACGCUUUGGCAUUAAUCGCUGAGUUUUUGGUAGCUGAUGUGCCUUCCCAGGAUAUUCUUUUGGGUUUUGACUUCUUGAAUAAAUAUGGUGUCAUUGUGGACUUUGGUAAAAAGGAGUGCUGUAUAAUGGGUAAAAUGUUUCCCCUGAUUAUUCCGGCAGAUAUUGAUAAACCCCGGACUGUGAUCGUCUUGGAAGACACUGUAAUUCCCCCACGUAGUGAGGCAAUCAUUGCUGGAAAGGUGGAUAAUUCCUUCAUGACCAGCUGUGAGGGUGCCCGGAUACUUCACGCACCGCAACCCACGAGAGCCGAGACGUCGGGAUUACCGCCUCUGACUUCCCAGCUACAACGGCGAAUUGACCAAACAUCCGCUCGGACACCGUGAGGGACGCGAAAGGAUUAUCCAACGCACCCGAUUCUUCACGUGAAGGAAAGUAAUUGUGCCGUUGUCUUUUGAGUGGGUUUUACCCCGCGAUUUAUUGUGGCUACUUUGCUGAUUCACUUCCUCCUCCUCGCAGUUCCUGGUGGAGUGCCGACUGUUGACAUUCAAGAAGGAGCAUUGGCGACGAGAGGCGCAAGCUACCCUGUUUCAGUGCGAGAGGCAAGGAGGCUGAGGCGGCGGCGACUUCCUGGUUCUGUGUUCCUGGAACUGUGGGCUGGGUCGUGAGUGGCUGCUGGGCUAUUCAUUCAUCCUCUGUACAAACAAUUGUGUGUUACUAGGCUGGCUAUAGUUAAGAUAGAAUGUCAGGCUGCUCGCUACAGUUUCUUUAGAAGUGUGUGCAGGGUGGGGGAAUCCAUUGUGUAAACAGGACUUUAACGUAGUAGCAAUUAACUGUGUGUGCGUGUCACCCUUUGGAUUAACGUGUUGUGCUAGUUCGAUUGAAUACUUCUACUAUUUACAUUUGUGGCUAUUCUGCCCUUGUUUUCACAAUAGUGUGAUCUUUUGUGGGUGCGUGUGAUGUGAUUUUGUGCACGAGUGUGAAUCGCUAGUAAUAGGCCUACCUGCGUUAGAGUAACUGUGACUAUAUGAUUUCUCUCCCCUCUAGAGGGCGCCAGAUCCUCCACACUGGUUUAAAGCAGUAUUGUGUAGCUGCUUGCACUUAACUAGCUGCUAUCCCUAGAUUUUCCACACUGGUUUGAAGCAGUAGCGUUUAGUCACUUGCACCUAGCUAGCUGCUAUCCCUAGAUCUUUCAUACUGGUUGGAAGUAGUUAACUGGCUACUAGCCCUAGAUCUUCCACACUGGUUUUAAACAGUAUUUUGUAGCUGCUGACAUUUAACUAGCUGCCAUCCCUAGAUCUCCCACACUGGUUUGAAGUAGUUAACUAGCUACUUUCUCUAGAUCUUCCACACUGGUUUGAAGCAUCAGGACCUAGUGACUUAUACAUAUAUGUAUUGUGUGUGUUUUUAUAUGCCUUUUUUUUAAUGUUGUAAUAAAACUGAGUUUUAUAUAU